AUGUCUCCACAGACAGUACAAGAUAUGACUCUCCGUCAGGCCGCCGUCGAGCGGGACUUUGGCCUCAGGCCUGGUCGGGGUAACUUGUUUCGAACCCAGCUACCUGUUGAGGAGCCUGAAGCGGUCGAGCCAACUCCCAUCGAGACAAGCACAUCUUCCCAAGAGGCCGACUCUCCCCAGAACAGUCCUGCCUUGCCAGCCCAUGGUAUUCAGGGAGACGAUCGAUCUUCUACUAUUUCUCCUGCCGAAGUUCACAAGGACCUCCCUCCGAGACUUAACAAGCCCACCAAGAGACGCCGUAGCGACGAAUCUCGCAGCAGUGAUGAGAUUCCGACUCUUCCUCCCAACUUUCCACCUUGUCCCAUCGCACGACCUGACAGCCGUGCUGUGGCCUUCUGGCGCGAUGCCUGCAACGCCGCCAAAGAUGCCGAUGGAAAUGUCAACGGCUUUGACGCUGUCAGAUAUCUUCUGAUGCGACCAGGGGGACUUGGCAACCCUACCCCGUACCUUCCUGAUGACUCCGAGGCUGUUAAGAACAUGCGAAAGGGCACCAUCGACGUGGAUAAGAUCCGGCGACGACAACAGGAAGAGGACGAGAUCGCCAGGGCGAAAGAGGAGCGUCGUCAGGCAAACAAGCGACGAUACCGACCUCGUGGCCAGGUCGACAGAGAGCGAGCCGAGCGAAAAGCUGCACGAGCUGCUCAGAAGGCUCAAGAAUUGUAUGAAGAAGAAGAAGAAGUUACCAAUGCCAUCGCAAACAAUGUUGAAGCUGCUUCUACCAUCACAAACAAUAACGAAGCUGUCACUGCCACCGCAACAAGUAACGAAGAAUCUAUCACUGCCACCACCACGAACAGCGAAGAAUUUACCACUACCACCACAACUGAUGAGGAAACUUCCGCUACCAUCGCAAAGGAUCGAGAGGAUCUGUGUCAGUUUUGCGAAGAACUCUAA